AGAACCUCAAAGGACAUUUGAUCACACAAGCUUUGGAAUUCUUUCGAGGGACCUAACCCGGAAACCGGUCGGCAGCACCCUGAUUCUGAGCCUGCUUCUUGGAAUCGCUAGGAGAUGAGCACCUCUCUUAAUUACAAAUCUUUUUCCAAAGAGCAGCAAACUAUGGAUAACUUGGAGAAACAACUUAUUUGUCCCAUAUGUUUAGAGAUGUUUACUAAGCCUGUUGUUAUCCUUCCUUGUCAGCACAACCUCUGCAGAAAAUGUGCCAGUGAUAUUUUCCAGGCCUCGAACCCAUAUUUGCCGACCAGAGGAGGUACCACUGUGGCAUCGGGCGGUCGAUUUCGCUGUCCUUCUUGUAGACAUGAAGUGGUUCUGGACAGGCAUGGUGUGUACGGUCUUCAAAGGAACCUAUUGGUGGAAAAUAUCAUUGAUAUAUACAAGCAGGAAUCUUCCAGGCCUGAAAGAAAAACUGAGCAGCCAAUGUGUGAAGAACAUGAAGACGAGAAAAUUAAUAUUUAUUGCCUGAAUUGUGAAGUGCCCACAUGCUCAAUGUGCAAAGUUUUUGGUGCACAUAAAGAUUGCCAGGUUGCUCCUCUUACCAAUGUUUACCAAAACCAGAAGUCUGAACUCAGUGAUGGCAUUGCAGUACUAGUGGGAAGUAAUGACAGAGUACAAGGAAUCGUAACUCAGUUGGAGGAAACCUGCAGAACAGUUGAGGAAUGUUGCAAAAGGCAGAAGGAGCAACUGUGUGAAAAAUUUGAUUAUCUGUAUUCCAUACUGGAAGAAAGAAAAAGUGAGAUGACACAGAUAAUCACUAGAAGCCAAGAGGAGAAACUGGAACAAGUCCGCUCUCUGAUGAAAAAGUAUGCAGACCAUUUGGAGGCCGUGUCAAAACUGGUGGAAUCGGGCAUCCAGUUCAUGGAAGAGCCAGAAAUGGCUGUGUUUUUACAGAAUGCCAAAGCAUUGCUGCAAAAAAUUGGUGAAGCUUCUAAAGCAUUUCAGAUGGAAAAAAUAGAGGAUGGCUAUGAAAAUAUGAGCCACUUCACAGUCAAUCUCAAUCGGGAAGAAAAGAUAAUAAGAGAAAUUGAUUUUUACAGAGAGGAGGAGGAAGACGAGGAAGAAGAUGCGGUUGAAGGUGAAGAUGAAGUCCACACAGAAUCAUCUGUUGAGGAGGAGGAAACAUCUCAGCAGCCUCAGCAGGACACUGUGCCAAAAGAUACCCCAACUGCAUCUCAGCCUAACCCAGCAUCGUCAUUGCCACUGUUCCCACCAGCUGCUGACAUCACAGCAGCUAACCAGGGUGAAGUUGUGCUGACUACUACUCAGCAGUCUGGAGGACUAGAAGCCGAGCCACCAUCAAGUGGGGAAGCAACAGAUCCCUUGUUUUAUCCUAGCUGGUAUAAAGCUCAGCCACGACAAGCCAGCAAUUCAAAUACAGCCCCAGUGACCGAAAAUAGGCAGGUAGGGCCUUCCAUCCCUCUAGAGGUGAAAGUAAAGAAGGCACAAGCCACAGAAGCAACUGCAGCAAAUGGAAGUUCUUCUGUGAGUGGCAAGGAAGUGAAUACACCCGCAGCGACUUCUCAGCCAUUCUAAGUCCAUAACAUGGAAGUACGUCUCUUGAUUUCUAUGGAACUUCUAUGUACAUGUGCUAUGGAUUGCUCUUAAAGUAAUUGUUUUGGGAAAGCUUUGCUUACAGUAAGAAUAGGAGAAGGGGUAGCAAAAAGAACAGGUUUCAGCAGUUGUCAUGAGCAACCCAGCAGUGGUGGGAAGGAUAUAGUGCCAAACAGGGAAGAAGAAGAAAGCUUAGUAGAAACAAGAGAGUACCUGACAUCAAGAUAGCGCUGCACUGAGGCAAGCAAUAGGGCCAGGAAAUGUUUGUUGGUUUUGUUUGUUUGUUUGUUUGUUUGUUCAUUCGAUUUCUAUACCACCCUUCCAAAAUGGCUCAGGGCAGUUCACACAGAGAAAUAAUAAAUAAAUAAAUAAGAUGGAUCCCUGUCCUCAAAGGGCUCACAAUCUAAAGGAAACAUAAGAUAGACACCAGCAGCAGUCACUGGAGGUACUGUGCUGGGGGUAGAUAGGACCAGUUACUCUCCCCCUGCUAAAUAAAGAGAAUCACCACGUUAAAAGGUGCCUCUUUGCCAAGUUAGCGGGGGGGAAAUGUCAGAGUAGUAACAGCAGGAGGGGUCGUAGCUCAGUACCAGAGCACAUGGUUUAUAUGCAGAAAGUCCCAGGUUCAAUUUCAAUUUCCGGCAUCUCUAAUUAUAAGGAUCAGGUAGCAGGUGAUAGGAAAGACCUCAAGACCUCAGACCCUGGAGAGCUGUUGCCAAGGAUAGCAGAUAAUACUAGAUUGACUAGUGGUCUGAUUCAGUAUAAGGAAGGUUCAUAUGACAUAUCUAUGUUGCAGACUUAACUGUUAGUUAUAGUUAGUUUAAUUAUUAGUUAUAGUUACUGGCUGAAAUCUGGACUAAUGCACCGAAAAAUGUUUCCCAUGCACAACUGUGCCUCCCCAAAACAUGUCCUUGAGGUUAGAGGCACUGUGGGCUGCAGAAGGAAGGGGAGAAGGGGGGAGUCCCCCCUCCCCAUGUGCAUAUGAAGCAGCUUUUGAUGCACUUUACAUUCAUCUGGAUGUCAGCCACCAUUAUAUAAUGCAUUACUAUAAUCAUAGUGGGAUCUCUAGGUCUUUGAGAGGACAUGGGAUGGUCGGUAGGAGCACAGAUCUCUAACAGAGGUUUCAGUACCUUCAUUAAAAUGCAAUUCCCAGAAUUCUUUGGGGGAAGGCAUGACAGAUAUAAAAUCAAUAUGCCUAUUUUGGAGCAGUACAAGGACCACAGAAGGUGUCUUUACAAAGGAUGGCUUCUAGAAGUGGAUUCGUGGGGAUUUUGUCUGCCUGAUAUUUUAUCUGUGCAUGUGCUUCUUACAAGGACUAAUUUAACACAAAGUCCAAUUUACAUGUGUAUCAAAUCUACCCAUGAGUGUUUUCAUCAUAACUACCUACACACACAACAUUUUAAAUGGUACAGGGGGAAAACCAUUUCCUGAAAAUUGAAUGUCUACCUCACAAAGCUCAGCAAUAAUGAGCAAUUUAUUCUGAUGACAUUAGUGAAGUGUUCUU